UCACUACCCACCACCACCGCCACAUCUCACCUCCCCAUCCUCGCCGCGCCGCACUGCGCAAAGACAUGUCCUGACUCCGACGAGCCUCAUCGCAGCAGGAGGAUGAGCCGCUGUCUGUCUGAGCUGACUGUCGUCUCUCGCGGCACGCCUUCGACUUGAAAUGGCCGACGGCAGCCCGCUUCCCUUCCCAUCGCCGUCUGUUAUUCUGAGCGAAGACACCUCGCCCGUAAAUCCGCCGCAGCCCGCCGAGCAGCCUGCGCGCCGCUCCAAGCACGCCCGAAGCCUCAGCAAGAAAGAUGGGGUAAAGAAGGCAGUGCCUAAGAAAACCGCUGCCGCUGCUGCCGCCGCAGAGGUUGAUGCUGGUCCAGACGCUGUCAAGGGUGCUAAAGUCGACAAGCCCAAGCAGACGAAGAGUCGGAAUGGUUGCUCUACGUGCAAAGCGAAGCGGCUCAAAUGUGGCGAAGAGAAGCCGGGGUGUAUGAACUGUUCGAAGAGGGGCGUCGUGUGCGGCGGCUACAAGAAAGUGUUCCAGUGGCGCGAUUAUGGCGGCCAUCAGAUAAAGUCCAGCAUCACCAGUCAAAAGCAGGCCACGUCUCGCGUCUCACCAACGCAAGAAGCCUCGGCUCUGUCAUCACUAUCGACAACACCUACGGCGGAACCACCUAACAUAUUAGAUAAGCCACUUUCGGAUCCUCACGAGGCCCAAAUGCCGCGUCGAAAGGCCCCGCGACGAGGCUUCAAGCACGAGAACGAACUGAUUCAGUCCCAAGAUCCCCAGCGUGGGUCAAAUCUUUUGUCGAGCGAUUACCACAGUCGAGCCGACAGUGGUUUUGUACCCGCUGAAGACCUCGAGCUGAGCCCAGAAUCGCAGCAGACGAUCGAGAACGCUAGUCCCGAUGACGGCAAUGCAAAUGGUCAACCAAUCCUCUUCAAUCCCGAGUCAGCUUUCGUCUAUCGCACCCGCUCUCUAUCCCCUGUACAUGGUCGAGGGCCGUCGCCGACGUUGACAGAAAUGAUGCUGCAAGACGGCCACAACCUGAAUGCCUCGCAGGCCGAUUUUGUCCCAUUUUCCAUGCCGGAGAACUUCCAACUACCCCUUUUUUCAGCCGGGACCAAUGAUCCCAUCAUGCAAGAACAUGGCAUCUUCAACGACAUCGAUCUGAUCGGUCCCAUACAGCCUAUAGAUAUGGAUACAUUUAUGUGGCCUUCUCGCUUACAGACCCCAGGUCCUCAGGGAUCCUCGCCGAAUUGCAUUGACUUCAACGGCAUGUGGAAUGGUACCGGAUCCAACCUAUGGGGCCAACCAGAUCUGCCGUUCGAUAGUGAGGACAUGUUAAUGGAUCGAUUCAACCAGCAGACAUGCGGAGUGCUAUCAGUCAUUGAUGGACCUACCGAGAACCCAUGGCGCAGAUUGAUCAUGCCGCUUGCAAAACAAUCGACCGGUCUGCAUCAUGCACUUCUCGCCCUGGCUGCAUUCCACGGGGCGCAAGAUACACCGAGCCUAGUAUAUGUAGGUGCACAUCACAAGACGGUUGCCAUGCAGAAUAUUCGCGAAGGAUUGAGAGACAACACCAUGCUCAAUCACGCCGCCAUCGCGACUGCGCUCGCACUGGGCUUUGUUGAGGCAUGGGAGAGCCAUGUGAAGACGGGGAAUGCGCACAUCAAUGGCGCUGCUGCACUUGUGAAGAAGGCACUGGACGAUCACCACAGGACGCCUCAUGUUGGCGAAGACCUUGCGCGGCUCAAGUUCCUGUGCAAUGCAUGGGUCUACAUGGAUGUGAUCGCUCGAGUCACAGCAGUGGAUGCCAACGACAGCAUUGAUUUCAAGUAUGCUCUGUGGCCACCAAACGAGACGCCCGAGUUGGCGAUUGGCCACAGUGCGCCCGGGUUCGGCAUCAAUUUGGGUAUGGGCAUAGAUGCUCGAUUAGAUCCAUUGAUGGGUUGCGCAGGAACACUUUUUCCACUGAUUGGGCAUGUUGCCAACCUCGUGCGCAAAGUGUGCAGGUCGCAGCGGAAUCCGAUUGGAAUCAUCAGUCAAGCUAGGGACUUGAUGGAAUCCCUGGAACAGUGGGAACCACCAGCGUACAUCGAGCGGCCUGAGGACCCUUUGACUGAUGUGCGACACGCUUUGCAAACAGCAGAGGCAUAUCGCUAUGCCACCAUGCUGCACUUGCACCAAUCCGUGCCCGAAUUGCCCACGCCCCUGACAGAUGAGCAGUAUGCGCAACGCGUCCUGCAAUACUUGGCAACGGUACCACUGAAUAGCAGGAUGCUACUCGUGCACAUCUACCCGCUCAUGAUUGCGGGCUGCCAAGCAAUUGAGAGCGAAGAUCGUGACUGGAUCCGACAGCGAUGGGAAAUCAUGGGCUCACUGAUGCGCAUCGGCAUCAUUGACAAAUGUGUUGCGCUUUCCGAAGAGGUGUGGCGUCGCAGAGAUAGCUACGAGGCCACGCCUCCUGAAAAGCGGAGACUAGUGGCGACUGCUGACCUACAUCAGGUCAGAGACAGGGACACUCCACUGGAACGCACGGCGGCGGAGGUUCGCAUGUCUGAGCCUGGUCGAAGAGGCAUGGUCUUUAGCCUCAUGGACCUGGACGGUAACCUCAGUUCCCCCGGAGGUGCCGAUGGGUCAGGUAGGCUCGAUAAGAGGCAGUUGAGGGAUCGCAAUCCGGAGAUGGCGCUGGGCAAGAUUGAUAUGGCGUACACUGUUCGUGGGCACAUCAGCUGGGUUGGAGUGAUGUGGGAUUGGAAGUGGGAAGUUCUCCUCGGCUAAGUACUUGCACCGCGAGGCUUUUCGCUCUUUACAUUUUCGGACUGGCGCAAAUCGUUGAUUGUGAUACUGCCUUGCGACGUUUUGUGGGUCAUGGCAUAUCUUUUCCGGUUGUAUGGCGUUGCGUCCUGGUCCGGCACGCGAAUCAUUGUUCACGGCGACACAUUCUUGGGGUUUCGGCAUAUAUGCUGUGAAGCGUUCUCAGCGAGUAAGGUGUUUUGGUAGGCGGGGGCUUGCUUCUCAUGUGACGAAUGGUGAGUGAGGUCGAAGGAAUAGACGACUAUGGGCCACGACUGUGCCUGAAUUUGUAAAAACAAAGGAAAUAUAGAGUCGUGGUUGGAUUCGUGUCCAACGUUCUUUUUGCUUGUAUAGGACUCUAGAAGCGCGAAGUCUGUCGG